AUGGAAACACCAGCUACACCCUCCAACCCCCUAAGGGUAAUCAUAAUCGGCGCCUCAUACGGAGGUCUCAGCGCCGCCGUCAACCUCCUCGACCUAUGUACCGGGCGUCCCGCACGCUUCACCCCAUCUCCCCCUUCACACCAGCCAACGACUCCUAUCCCCCUGGAACUCACGAUCCUCGACGAAAGAGACGGUUUCUUUCACACCAUCGGCGCGCCGUUGGCGUUGACGAAUCCCAAAUACACCAGCCCCUUCUGGACACACACAUCCGACAUAACCGCCCUUCAACACCCCAGCGUCAAAUUCAUACACGGCUCAGCAUGUAGCAUUGAUAUUCACAGCCAAACUCUCACGCUCCUCGCUUCAGGGUCGUCUUCAAGAAAGACCCUCCCGUACGACUAUCUCAUUGUGGCGAGCGGAUUGCGGAGAGCGUGGCCCGUCGUCCCACAGGCAUUACGCAAAUCAGACUAUCUGGAUGAAGUAGCUGCGCAUAUUUCACGGCUCAACACAGAUGUAGUGGUCAUCGGUGGCGGAGCGGUGGGCGUAGAAACAGCCACAGAAGUAAAGCACACGUAUCCCCUACUCAACGUCACGCUCAUCCAUUCUCGCUCUGAACUUCUUUCUUCGGAACCACUGCCCGACCAAUUCAAAGAGCGGGUGUUGCACGCCGUACGAGAAGCAGGCGUGAAAGUCAUACUAAACACGAGGUUCGAUCUUGAGGAACCAGGUUCGCGAUAUGUGAUCAAGGCGAUUUCGCGGCCCGUCCCCUCGACGUCAUUUUUACCGGGGCAAGUGCUAGACAAGGAGGGAUAUGUGCGCGUUACGGAAUUGUUGAAUUUUGGGGAUUCGAAGCGUCAGUUUGCAGUGGGUGAUGUUACUGUCGUGAAGGGGAUAAAGCGCUGCUCGUCGGCUAUGCAGAUGGGUUACUGUGCAGCUGUGAAUAUAUAUAGGGAUGUGACGGGGGGAGAGUACAUGGCCAUGGGGGAGGUGUAUCCGGGGAUGGGGCUGGCGGUAGGUAAGACGGGGUUGUAUUGGAAUCCGGAUGAUGGGAUAGUGGUGGGGGAGGAGGCGUUGAAGGAAAUGUUUGACGAUGAUUUGGGAUGGACUAAAUGCUGGGAGUAUAUGAAUCUCGGGACACCGCAUGGGGUAUAG